GGAAUCCGAGGCGCGAUGAUGGACUGACUGAUCGGCUGCGUCGUCGAGAUGACAAGCGCUGGAGCAUGAAUGAAGCGGGAUCAGAAAGAGGAAGCCUGCUAAUCAAGCUGACUGCUGCACACACGUUUUAAUGGAAAGUUGAGUGGAUGGAAAACGGCAUUAGUACAGAAGACCACGGCAAGAGAAAAUUUGAAACAGUUUUAUAUUUUUAUGUCUGAAAAGUGUGUGCAGGAUUGGUGCUGAACAUUUGGUUGGGAGGUACGGCGUUGGAUCUGGUGAUUCUGAAACGCUUCAACAUUUCUCAGUGUUUUCGUUUUCAGGUCGUUAAACGAGAUGGUCAGGUGCUGAUUUACUGGACGUGUUUCUGGUGGUUUUUGUGGCAGACACUUCAUCAGUUUUUCCUUCACAGUCCUCUCAAGACCGCAGUCAUCCCUGCUGCCUUUGCAGCCUUUCCUUCCCUUACCACACGUUAUCCUUCCACUCAACUUUCCGCUGUCGCGUAUGGACACGGCGCUGCCUUCUGUGUGAUCGGCGAGCUUCUUCAGCACGUUAACCCUCUUGUGGUUUACACUCUUUGUAGAGGCGACUGCCAAGUCAGCAGUUUUCAACACGUUUGUAUUGUGCGUCCAUGUCUGCGGAGCCGCCCUCCAGUCCCACGGCGCCGGCUCUGGUCCAGUUCCAGCUGGGGCUGUUCAGGGAGAUGGUUCGGGUCCCGCCCGGCAACCUGAGCUACCGCCAUGCCCGCCGGCUGGCGGCCGAGGUCAUAGAGAGAAAGGCUCCAGACUGCAGCGUGGUGGGCUCUGGUGAGAAGAUCCUGUUGUUCCGACACCAACCCGCCUCGGAGCAGCUGCUGCAGCGGCUGACGGAGCGGGACGAGCUGCAGGACGGAGACCUGAUCGAGAUCGUGGUCGCAGGAUCAGCGUCUGUGGCUGAGAUGAGGAUGCGUCCGCACGCCCUGGUGGUCCAGUCGUACCGGACCCCCACCUUCUGCCACCACUGCGGGGAGAUGCUGUGGGGCCUCGUGCGACAGGGACUGAAAUGUGAAGGAUGCGGUUUAGACUUUCACAAACGCUGCGCCUUCCUGCUGCCCAACGACUGCAGUCGAAUCCGGCGGCAGGUCAGCACCAGCUUCUCCCUGUUCCCGCCUCGGAGGCCGCGCACACACUCCCUGUCCAGUCAGGCCGGCGGCAGUCUGGAGGAGAUCAGCUUGUCCAAGCCGUCGUCCAGGCCGCCGUCGUGGAACGAGCCGCCCGUCUGGCUCGGGGACAAGAGCCGGCCUCAGGUCCCCCACACCUUCCACAUCCACAGCUACACCAAACCCACAGUGUGUCAGCACUGCCACCGGCUGCUCAAAGGGCUCUUCAGGCAGGGGCUGCAGUGCUCAGACUGCAGGUUCAACUGCCACCGGCGCUGCGAGCCUUUGGUCCCCAGAGACUGUCCGGGAGAGAGGAGGGCCGUCAACGGGGACGACUCCUCGGCGGCCAUCCACAGCUUCCCACAGGACCUAGAGGACGCCGAGUCGGAGCUCGCCAGCACAAUACUAGACACCUCAGAGGACGAGAUGUCCUCCGACGGCGACUCGCUGCCGGAGAUGGUCGAGGUGGAGUCGCUGAGAGAGCCAAUGAGCCCCUGUUUCAGCAGCAACAUCCCCCUGAUGAGGCUGGUCCAGUCGGCGCAUCACACUAAGAGGAGAGCAGCAGGGGUCCUGAGGGAGGGCUGGCUGCUGCACCACACCAACACAGACACACUGAGGAAACGUCAUUACUGGAUCCUGGACUGGAAAACCAUUACUUUGUACCAGAAUGAGAGCAGCACCAAGUACUACAAGGAGAUCCCUCUGUCAGAGGUGCUGCAGGUGCGAGGCCCCGCCCACCUCGCCAUGCCCUCGUUGCCGGGCACCGACCUGCACUCCUUUGAGCUGGUGACGGCCUCGCUGGUGUUCUGCGUGCAGGCCGGUGAAGACGGCGCGGCGUGGGAGAGCGCCGUCUGUCAGGCUCUGAUGCCCGUGCAGAGCAGCAGAGGACCAGGCGAGGAGCAGCAAGAUAAAGGCCAGCACGGAGACGGAGUGGACAUCAGCGCUGUGUAUCAGAUCUUUACUGAUGAAGUUCUGGGUUCAGGACAGUUUGGAGUCGUGUACAAAGGUACACACAGGAAGUUGGGCCGAUCGGUCGCCAUCAAAGUCAUCGACAAGACCCGCUUCCCGACCCAACAGGAGAGGCAGCUGAGGAACGAAGUGGCCAUCCUGCAGAAUCUGUCCCACCAUGGAGUCGUGGUCCUGGAAGGGAUGUUUGAAACGUCCAGACAUGUUUUCGUGGUCAUGGAGAAGCUCCACGGAGACAUGCUGGAGAUGAUUCUGUCCAGCGAGAAGGGCCGGCUCCCUGAACGCAUCACUCGGUUCCUGGUUAUACAGAUCCUUGAGGCGCUGCGGUACCUCCACCUGAAACACGUCGCCCACUGCGACCUGAAGCCAGAGAACGUGCUGCUGGUCUCCGCCGACCCCUUUCCCCAGGUGAAGCUGUGUGACUUCGGCUUCGCGCGCAUCAUCGGCGAGAAGUCGUUCCGCCGCUCGGUGGUGGGCACUCCGGCCUACCUGGCCCCCGAGGUGAUCAGCAGCAGCGGCUACAACCGCUCCCUGGACAUGUGGUCCGUGGGCGUCAUCAUGUACGUGAGCCUCAGCGGGACGUUCCCCUUCAACGAGGACGAGGACAUCCGCCAGCAGAUCACCAACGCCUCCUUCAUGUACCCCCGCCAGCCCUGGGCCACCAUCUCGCUGGAAGCUGUGAGCCUCAUCAACAACCUGCUGCAGGUGGCUGUGAGACGCAGGUACACCGUGGGAAAAGCCCUGGGGCAUUCCUGGCUGCAGAACUUCCAGCUGUGGUGCGACCUGAGGGAGUUCGAGCUCAGGAUGGGCUGCAGGUAUCUGACGCACAAGGGAGACGAGGAGCACUGGAGCCGCUUCGCUCUGGAAAGAGGCCUGAUGUUUCCCUCCCAUCUCUGCUGGGACUCCAGCAGCGAAAUGGACAUGUGAAUUUAAAAAAAACUAGAACAGCGUGAGCCGUUUUUGUAUCGUUUAGACUUUUUAUUAUUAUUAUUAUUAUUAUUUUAUAUGGACAAAUGAGACUGUGGGAAGUGCUGGUCAUUUCAACUAACCCAUGGACUAUUAUUAUAAUUUUUAGAUGAGUUGAAGAGUCUGAAAUCGUGGAAGAAAAACACACAAACUGCUGUUUAAUAAUGUAAUUAUCCUUUUUUAUUCCAGCUUUGUUUUUAAAUGUAGCUGUUUGAAUGUGUGUUGUUUUUUUUAAGCAUCUGUAAUGAUGAACAGAAAUAACUGAGAAUGAGGGGAGGAGACGAGAUAAAAACACCUUGAACAUGCACAGAGGAGUCGACUUGCACUGAUUAUUAGUAUUGUUAUGGCCGAUGUUUGGUUGUGGAAAUGGGACCAAACCCUCAGUUUCCUCCUCAGCGACGGGCCUGCUGUGGUCCCACAUGCAGCAUCCAUCCUUACUGUUUGCAACUUUCCUGACUCUCUCCCUGCUGACAUCGCUCCGCCUUCCUCCGACAGGAAGAGCGGAGCCGUGUCAGUCGUUCUGCUCCUUUAGUUUCCUGCGUCGUCUUUCUGUUUUUCCUCUCCUAAACCGCCAUCGAGCCACGGCCGUGUCUUUGUGCUCCCUUCCUCUGCUCAGGUGCUCUCAUUCAUCCUUCAUAAGUUCCUGAGUUUCUUAAGAUCUCCAGGUUAAAGUCAAUCUCUGCCAACGUUCAGGCUUCACAGUCGUUACUUCACAUUGACUCGUUUUUAGUCCCUGACUGCUGACACAGACUCUCUGCAGGCGCUUGUUUGGGUUUCGGCGUGAUUUAAGGAAGAGUCGACGACUCGAAAGGCGGCGUUUUUCUAAACUUUUUAAAACGAAGCAUGCGUCUGCACAAAUGCACAACCAACCAAGCCAACGGACCAACCAGCUUUUUUUAUCACAUUUUCUUCUUUAAUUACCCUUCUACAAAAAGAAUAAUAAGAUAGGGAGGAGGAGAGCGGGAGGCUUUGCUCAAAAAGUAACCCUCUCGUUGGCUCCUCCGUUAAGGCCGGUAUAAUCUACGUAUGGCGCUUUCAUACGUUCGCUGCUAUACCUGACUCUCUCUGCUUAAAACUCAAACCUGACACAGUUUAAGAUUUGAGCAAAGUCUCCUGCUCUCCUCCUCUCUAAGCAGUGUUCCUGGGAUGGAGGGGGCUCAUUGGGGAAAAGUUCAGAUUUGAGAGGGGGAGGGGAUAAAAUGAGGAGGACAAAGCAUUUAGAGGGACAGUGGAAGGGUUUAUAAUCGCUUUCUCCAAACAGGAGAAAUAGAAGCUGGGGGGGAGGAAGAG